AUGUCACCUCCAAAACAUAUUAAAUUAAAUAACGGCAUUGAAUUGGCUACAAUUGGCUUGGGAACUUACAGGUCUCAGCCGGGCCAAGUCGAAGAAGCUGUAAAAGCCGCUAUCGACAUUGGAUAUCGUCAUUUCGAUUGCGCCUCGAUUUACGGCAAUGAAAAAGAAGUAGGCAACGCUAUCAAUGAGAAAAUUGCCAGUGGUACAGUUAAAAGAGAAGAAUUAUUCAUUACUAGUAAAUUAUGGAACAAUUUCCAUGUCAAAGCUGCAGUAGUACCAAAACUCAAAGAGAGCCUGGAAGCUUUCAAUCUAGACUACCUAGACCUCUAUCUGGUUCAUUGGCCUUAUGCCUUCAAAGAAGAUGGUCCUUUAUUGCCAACUGGAAAUGUUAAAGAAUUCUUCAGCGAUAUAGAUUAUUUGGAAACUUGGCAAGGCAUGGAAGAAGCUGUCAAAUUAGGCCUAACAAAAUCCAUUGGCGUUUCAAAUUUUAAUGCGGAGCAAAUUGAUAGACUGGUCAAAAAUUGCACUGUAAAACCUGUAGUGAAUCAGGUCGAAUGCAACCCAAAUUUGAACCAAAAAAAGCUGAUCAAAUUCUGUCAGGAUAGAGAAGUAGUUGUGGUAGGAUAUUGUCCAUUGGGUAGAAGCGAGUACGUUGGCAGACCAGGUUUUCCAGAACCAACAAUUUUUGAUGCUAAAGUUGCCGAAAUCGGCAAGAAAUUCAAUAAAACUUCAGCUCAAGUUGUACUAAAUUACAUUAUCAAUAACUUAGGUGUUGUGGUUAUUCCUAAAUCGGUAAGUCCUUCAAGGAUUAAGGAGAAUUUUGAAGUUUUCGAUUUUGUUUUGGACUGUCAGGAUGUUGCGUAUUUGGAUUCAUGCAAUAAAAAUCAAAGAGUAUGUCCUUCGAGUGAUUUUAAAGAUCACAAAUAUUACAGUUUUAAUGCUGAAUUUUAA